UCUCUCUCUCUCUCUCUCUCUCUCUCUGUGCAGGUAAGGUGAUCCACGCCAUGGUGGCUCACCUGGACGCAGUCACCAGUCUGGCUGUGGAUCCAAACGGGAUCUACCUGAUGUCAGGAAGUCACGACUGUUCUCUGCGUCUGUGGAACCUGGACAGUAAAACGUGCGUUCAGGAGAUCACGGCUCACCGUAAGAAGAGCGAGGAGGCCAUCUACGACGUGGCCUUCCACCCGUCCAAAGCCUACAUCGCCUCCGCCGGAGCAGACGCCCUCGCCAGGGUCUACGUGUAGGCGAGGAGGAAGAGGAGGAGGAGGAAGAGGAGGAGAAGAAGCAGAGGACAGUGGGAGACAGAGAGAGAAGCUAGUCUGUUCACAAACACACAGUAUUCAGGUCUGUUCAGGUCUCCGAGCACAGAUUAUAUAUUAAAGACUGGAGGCGACUGACUAAGCACACACACAUAAGCAUUAUACACACACACACACACACACACACACACACACACACACACACACACACACACACACUUUAAGUUAAGAGGUGCAGCUGUUAGGUCUCCCUCUGAUUGCCUAAAGGGACUGAGAGACGUUCAGCACAGAAACGUUGUGGAAACGUUGUUUAAACUCUGCAGGUCGACACUCACCUGUCCUCUGAAGCCCCGCCCCCUCUGCAGAGUCACCAUGACACUACAUGGAUUAAACCACAGUAAACAAAUUACAAAGUUAAUAUCCAGAAACCACCUUGGGGACAAAUUAGACGUCAGUAACGUAGCCUAAAAGGAAAAGGCAAAUUAGCCUCAACAACAGAAAGUGUUGGUCCCUAAAAGCGUCUCCAGCAGCCGAACAUCUGAUGUUUUAACCCGUCAUGGUUUUGAUGUAUUUAAGUUUUUUAUUCUUAAAAUCUGGAGCUUCAGAUUGUGACUUUUUUACCGUGUUUUUAAGAAGAAUAAGAAGUUAAAACAUAUCAAAAUAAAGAAACUGAACAUUAUGUGUUAGGUUUGAUUCUAAAUACUUAGUAAAACGACCACGUCGGGUUCAAAUCAUCAGAUUUUCUGUUUGUCUCUGAUUGGACGUCUGUCUCCAAUGGGAGCACAGGAUUGGUUAAAACGCCACCUUAGCCAAUCAGAGCCCUGCGUUUAAGAACCACCGACACAUAAGGAGCUAAGACUUCAGGAUUCAAAAGUUGGCGUUACUGUAGUUACGUAUGGACGUUCUCUGUUUGUGUAAAAUAAAUCUAGUUUUUAUAAUCGUUUUUAUAAACGUCUCGUUAACGGCACCGAGGAGGAUUCUGGGUCCUCUCUCCCGUCCAGUCCUGCCAUCACUCACCUCUCAGUGGAGGUCGUGUUAGAAAGUGAGGAAGAGGAGGAGGAGGAGGAGGAGGAGGAAGUGUGCUUGUCUCGUUCACACGCACAAAGAUUAUAAUUUUUUAUUUAUUAAAGGAGAUUCAACCAAACAUAAUUUCUAACCUGUAGACACCGGGUUACUAACGCGGAGUGAGAGGUGCAGGGAGGACGUGUUGUUGUAGGCCGACCCUGAAGUAAGCAUCACAAGGGCUCCAUCGACAAAAAGGAUUUUUCAGACAAUAAGAUCUGUGGUGAAAACACACAUUUAAGAUACUCACACACUUAGUUCAGCAGGAUAAUCUCCACCUUUUAAAACCUUUUAAAGCGUAAAUGCAAUCUCCAGAAGUGAAGUGCUUACAGGAACGACGUCACGUCAACAGCUCAACGCUAAGCUAUCAUUAGCUACCGCCGUUUUAUUCCUGCACCACUCACAUUGGUACAAAUUGGUCCCUGAACGCACCACAUCUCCGUGGUCUCAGUAACUCUUCUUGGCGUUAGGAGAAGCUUCAUGUUGUGGCUUCACCUUCCUCAUCUCCUCCUCCUCUUCCUCACAUCACCGUGUGAGUUCUCUCUUCAAGUCGAUUAGUUGACUUUUCUUCAUCACAGCUUCAACAAGAAAGUUAUUUAUAUCUUCUUUUUUUUUGUCUCGUCCUCAUGAGGUAUUAAGAACCAGUUUGAGCUCCAGGAGUAACGGUCCAAUCAGACGCCUCCUGGGGCCGGUUUUAAAACAAAAAAGCUGCCACCUGAUUGGCCGAAAACAUCCCGACCAGAGUUUUAUUUCAUCGUUGUGGUUUUAAUUUAACUUUUUUAAACUGAAGGGAUUUGUAACACGAGCGUCUCCAUCACAAAUCUUUAUUUUUCUUUUCACCCACGCUACAACUUACUGUGUAACUAAAAGACUUUUGUUUUUGUUUGUGUAAUGCAUGAUUAAUACAAUAAAAGUAUUUUUUCUAGUCUUCCAGAAAAAUGGAAAAAAAAAGAUCAGUUUGCGAGUUUUGAUGAGUUUUGUAAUUUUUCUUUUUGAUUUACAAACUAUGAAACAGCAGAUUUGAAAGAUUGUACCACAUAGCAGAAUACAACUGUUGAAAUGUAUAUAAAAUGUCUAUAAUAACUAUUAAAUGGUGUACCUGUACAGAG